AAGAGUUGCACUUUCAGGUAUGCACUCCUCACGAACUCGUUUUUCUGUCCCUAAUCCUCAUCAGGCGUAUAAUUUCCGCCUUGAUGAAAUUGACGAAGAGAACGAGCCACAUGUUAAUGAAGACGCGGUGUCGCCUAGACGUGGUUCGCGAGAGGAAUAUGCUGAUAACGCGGCCAAUACUAGAAGAUCAGGCUCUGUGAGAAGUCCACCUUUUGAUUCUGCAAUUGCCGCAAGAAGCAGUAUUUCGAAAUACCCUGUUCUUGAGAGGAAUCAAUUACGCACACGUUGUAGGGACAUCAUGCAGGAAAAAUCCUCCAAAAUCUUCAUCGACCGUUUGGAAAAGGAGGGAUAUUUGAGAUGGAGCACUUUGAAUAAACUCGAAAAACGUCUGGUUGACUACAAUCCAGCGUUUUUUCAGUUGUCCAUAGAUCUUCCAGACUUUGUCGAACCACGGGUGAGCAUGAUCAGAACUCCGCACCCAGAGCAGGUAGACGUCACGGGAAGCAAAGGUGGUUUACGCGCUGCUAUUGACGAAGAUUUCGCAUGGCUGCCAGACGCGACAUUCACGUUCGAUGCCCAGAAGUGCGGGUUUCGAGAGUGUGCUAUCAUGGCAUUUACACCUCCACGUUGUUUUAUAAUGUGCGAUGAGGUGGGCACAGAACUCGAAGAACGUGUGGAUGCUAUUAGUGAUGACUUAAGGGCUUUUUACUCAAAGUCUCUUCAUCGAGCAAGUGACAAUAUUGAUGUCCGCCCUGGUGUCGCGUUGGUCGGACUUCGUGGCGACACGUUCUUGCGUAUAGUGGUUCUGGAAGCUGACAUUCAUAUAAGUACAAAAGUACGCUGUUCAUGCAUGGACCGCAAUGCAAUCUACUCUUUCGAUCGUGAUGAGCUUUUUCCACUGCCCGAUAAGUUUUCAGCAGAAAAACUGCCUGUGAAUAUUUUCUUGGCUCGCUUUCGCGGAACUCACUUCGUCUACAAGGAGAAGUACGAUGAAAUAAUCGAGGGAUUAUGUCAGCCAAACAAGGAUGAAGGAUUAGUGGCAUUCGUAACCUGUGCCGUGUAUGGUCUAGCACCGGAUGGUCUUGUCAUUAUCGAUGCGACCAUGCCGAAUGGUGGUUGGGUGAGCUCCGUUCUGGUCAGAUCGGGACUAGUGGCAGCAAUGGCUAGAGAUCCUAACAUCGCAUGGUCUUCAGAACAAGCAGAGCAGGCAAUCAAAUCGAAACACGAGAAGGAAAUGCUUUCCAACAGCGUCAUAUGUGAGGAAGUCUCGGAUGAUCAAAAGAACGAGGGCAUGAGUGAAAGCGGUGCAGAUAUUGCUGAAUCUGUAGAGUCCGAAUGUGACGUUCCUGUUAAAGAAGCAGUAGUACCUGACGAAAUGUCUGAAAAUGAGUCGAAAUACGAUUAUUAUGACGACAGUGGAAAUGCCAAGGAGGAAAUGCGCGAAGAGUUCGAAAAAAUGAGGGAGGAAGUGCUGAGUGGAUCGUCAAAUGCGUCAAGCACUUACGAGAUCCAUCCUAGUACCAGCAGUGUCGGCCACCCAGAGGAUGAAGUGAAGGUCAAACGAGAAUCCUGCGCCAUUGAAGCGGUACCACCGUGUGCAGAUUAUGCAAGAGAGGAGGUAGAAAGUGAACACUCUCAAGACGAAGAAGUGGAGAGUGAACACUCUCAAGACGAAGAAGUGGAUGAACACUCUCAAGAUGAAGACCAUGAUGUUGUUGAAGAAAAGUCUCCAAAACGUAUCUCGCCUGCUGCUGAAGAGAGCAUCGAAAACAUCAAAAUUAAAGAGGCUAACGAUGAGGAGGAAAUCGAGCAGUUGGAGUCGAAGAUGCAAGACCUCAGGGCUAGUGAAGAGCUCGGCACCGAGGCACAGGAGGCUGGGGAAGCACCGGAGGUAGAAUAUAGCCAUCCUGGAAGUCCUCCCCCUUCUUCUGAUGGAGAGACUGUGGAAGAAGCGACUAGUGAUGAGCUUGGGUUAAAAAAUGCACUGGAAGCUUACUUAUCAGUGCGUCAGCUCUCGAAAGAAUCGUCGCGAUUCAAAGCUGCGAUGGAUGCCUCAAUUCUCUCUGCUAUCAAUUGCGCUAGUGGUAUAUUCAUUAGCAAAAUGGUGGAUGAUGGCAACUAUGGUGAAGAUAUGGGCGCCCAGGUCCGUUCUAGAUCUGAACUGGAGUUCGUUAAGAUGAUUCAAAUGCUUGGGCAGAAGCCAAAAAACUGAUGUUCUUCCGCUCCAUCACAUGAGCAUAUAGUUGUAUAUAGCAUACUCUUUUUCUUGUUGUGAAUUUACAUAGAGUCUCUGAAUUUCGAGCGUGAGCUUUUUAUCCAACAGAGCUUCAGAACAUCUUACGGUAGCUCAGACACCCUCUGGGGGACCAUCUAAAGUUCACAAUAUUUUUGCUCUGGACAUCCUGCCACGUCGAGUUUAUAAUCGUACCUAGUACUCUAUUUUGUCUGUUGUAUUUUUUUCUUGUUGUUUAUAUCAUUCUUACCUUGAAGAUCUUCUAAACAUUAUCACUAUAAGAAGCUACGAUAAUUAUAAGAUAUAUGUUGUUGACUCUUGUUUAGUUGUUAAAAUAUCCUAUUAACUCGCUAUUUCUUUUUGCAUGUUGUUAAUUAUCUCAAUGUUGUAAUAAAUGAAUUUUUUCUUUG